GCAGCUUAUAGUUCCUGUCAAACUGGUGUUGAGCUCUGAUCUUGUAGGUCGCAAUUAUGUGCUCCUAUGCCCCCCCACUGCUCCUCCCACAUCCCUUCCUGCUGGCAUCCUCCUCUUCUCCUUUAAAACCCCUCUGGAAUCUCAUAAGCAGUGUUUAAUUGUGGAGGGCUGAGUCAAGGAAGGAGUAAUCAGAUGAGAACAAUGGCAGGGGGAAUCACAUGGAUAUACAUCGGCUAACGGGGGAUUAAUAAUACUGGCUUUUGAUUGAAGUUCAGCUGCUCUAUCUGGCAAAGGGAAUGUGGGGAAAGAGAGGGAGCAAAAGAGAGUGACAGAGCAGGGAGCAAAAAAGAAGAGAGUUGCAAAGACAGGAUGAUAAAAGGUUCUCAGAUGAGAGCAGAGAGAAACGGAGAAGAGACAGAUGGGGAGAAAAGAGGGAAACAGAAAGUGAGUUAAAGCAAUGAGAGGGAGUGGGAGGAAGAAAGAGAAAGGAUAGGAGGCAGAGCAGCGCAGUGCAGGGGGAGAGGGAGAUAGAAAAGAGAGAGAGAGAGAGAGAGAGAGAGAGAGAGAGAGAGAGAGGGAGGGAGAGGGAGAGAGAAGCCUCCAGUACUACUGAGCCAGUGAUACGCAGGCAGGCAGAGAGAGAAGACGGAGAGACAGAGGCCAUCCGCGUCUCCAAGGCCGACCCAAUGAGGGGGUGAGAGGCUCAGGAGCACUACAACAGAGAGGAUUGUGGGAGGAGACACAGAACCAGAGAGAAAAAGGCAGGGUGAUACAAUCAGAAACAGGCUUCAGUAGGAAAAGGGCAGCAGAUGUGUGAAAUGUGAGCUGAGCAGGGAAAAGGCUAAUAAAAGUUUUGAAAAGAGAGUAGGAAAGACAGAGCGAAGGAGGAAAAGAGACUUAACACACGCUGUCCAAGAUUCUACGUUAAUGGCAAAGGUAGGAGGAGAUUCAUGGAAAAAGAGGAGGAAGCUCUCUGCAUCUCAGGAGUCCUCCUGUUCCUCUUCUGCUACUUCGUCUGCCUGUGAGGCUGCUGGACAUCCACCAUCACCAUGUUCUCUGACAGCAGGGCUCCAGCUUCUGGGGAGCAAAAAGGCUUCAAGCCACAUGCCCCUCAAUUCAUCCCAUGGCUGCGCAAUAGUCUGAAGUCCCACCACAGCAGUGACCUGGGGCUCAGCAGGCUGCACAAAUCCAACUCCGAGGCCCGCAACAACCUGACCCCUCUGGAGAGACCCAAAGGGAUUGGAUUCUUCUCCUUCCAGGGAAAGGACCGUGGGAAGAAGGGUGACUUUAAGUGUAAUGGCAUGGCGAUGGCAAGGAUGCUACCAGUGGUGCUACGGGGGCCACACAUCCUUCCAGGGAGUCUGGGGAAGCAGAGGGAGGACAGUCCUAUUAGGUGGAACCAGUCUCGAGAGUUAGUCCCAGACCCUGACACACAGAUCAACCCAGGGGACGGGUCACAAGGUCUGACCAACAGCUGCAACUCUGCACAGGAUAACCACACCUUUGGUAGGAACGACAGCAGUCAUUUGAGUCAGUCACAGAAUGACAGGACUAUAACUUCAGUGAGGAAAUAUGGACCAUUAGUGGGACCCCCUCCUGUUCCUGUUCCUGCACUGCUGACUGAGGAGCCCCACUGUAAGGGGCCUGUUAUGGUAUGUAUGGAGGACAGGAGAGGGAAAGUGUGGGACUAUGCCAGCCAUGCCAUUUUCCACCAGAGAGACCUCCAUUCGUCCAGCUGGGUCAGCCCAGACACUCAGGGACUAAUAGAGAGGCAGCAAGGGUUCAGCUCCAGCUUCAGCUACAUCACACAACAGAGCAGGAACUCCCAGAGCCUGACGGCACUGAGGGAACCACCUGUAGAGGGUUUCAGCGGGACUGUCAAUGGAGUCAUCUUCCCCACUGAGGUUCCUAAUAAAGACCCCGGCUGCACCGCAACACUACGACGCUCCAGGAAACCAAGACCAAGCUCGGAGCAUAUUGCCGUCCUGGGCCAGAACCGGACAUUGAUUCGGCGCAGACCCAACAGUGAAGGAGAGUCCCAGAAGCAAGAGGCAGGCUGCAGCAGGAAGGCAGUGCAACAUCAGAUUAAACGGGUGAUGGAUAAUCUGGAGCAGGUGCUCACCGCACUGAGAGAUGUUCACCAGGAAAUGAAAGAGGUGGUGCAGCAGAUUGACUACCUAACGUCAUCCAUUGUUCUGAGCGAGGAGGAGCAGCAACAGGAGAUUAGAGGAGGUGACAGUGCCAGGCCUACGAGCGAUACUAGCUCCAGUUCAGGUUCCAGUUCCAGUGAGGUGAGAUUAGGCAGUGAUCAUCAGAGGCCCUCACAGUCUGAAAGACAGCCAGGAACCACAGUCUCAUCUGGCGCCCUCAGGAGAGAUCAGCAUAGCAGGAGCCAGUCUCCUCCAAGUGUGCAGCUGUGCCCACUCUCAUCAGAGAGGAGGCCAUCUCUUCGGUUCACCUGUGGUGUUGGGUGUUCUCCCAGAAAAGAUGGAGCACUGCCGGACAACAAUAAUCUCCCUUUAUCCGGUCCACCUCAGCUUCAAAACUUCACCACCCGUGACCUCACAUUGCCACCCCAAAGAAGCCUCCCUGUUCGACCUCCCACUCCUGGUCUAUCUCCUCUAACGGUAAACCUCCAUCCCCCCAUAAGCCCCGUCUCUCGGCCUCAUUCCCCUGGUCCAUCCUCGUCCACCAGGGUCAGCCCGAUCUCCCCUCCCUCCACUCUAUCUCCAAAGCCUCACCCACCCCCUGUCCUUAGCCCAUCUGUCAUCAUAGAAACACAAGUAGGUUCUUAUCAGACCUCACAAAGCGACCACCUAUGUGCUGGCCUGCUCUCCACAUCAUCAACUCAGCCUCCAUCUGCCAGCUGCCCACCCACCGACUCAGAAAUGCAAACUGUACCCAGUGCUGAUCAAGAGAGGCAAGCAUCCUCAGCAGGAGUUGCUCAUGCAGCUUCACAGGUGUGCAUUGCCUCUGCAGCCACAGCUAAAGCGCCAGCAAAGGGCCGCAGAGGCCGCAAACCUCCACCAUAUCCGCAUCACAGACUCUCUGAACCGACAAAGAAGGUGAAGGAGACGCGUAAAACACCUCCGUACCCAGAGAAAAGAAGGCUGCUCUCGACCACGGUGUGAGACAAUGCAGCAGGAGCGGGAGGCUGAUGGAACACAACCACAUUCACAGCACCAGCCACACAUUCUGCAAGUGUGAAGACUGAUUUCAGGGUCACCAAGUUGAGCUGAGACCAAGUUUCCAAGGUGACAGGAUAUAGACGCAACUUGGGGCGCUGAACGUGGUAAUUUCCUGUGGAAACCCCAGAGGGUGCCUCGAUGGUGACAAGAGGGACACACAAACAUCCCUGAUGAGCAUUUCCCUUAACGCCAAACGCCAGACAAUGGAAAGCAAAUCAAGACCAAAGAAAGGUACGAACCUCAGACCAUAAUCCCACCACAGAGACAAAGCAGCACAAUACUCAAAUCUGAAAUCUAUCCCCAGACAUCAUCCUCUGGACUGUUGUGUGGAUCUAAGAGGGCUGGAUCAGUGUAAGGGAGAUAAAGGGCACCGAGCAUGAGCAGGCAGGAGGCUGAAUCAUGUGCUCUCAUUAAGGACUGUGUGUCAGGAGACUGUCCUUGCUGGAGGAAGGAGGCGUGUCAAGGUGCACUUCACUUCACUGACGACCACAUCAGACACGGUGGACUUCCUGUGCUCGGAAAAGUCCAGACAUUCACCUCCCAUAGUGAAACAUUAAGUGCAAAGACGAUCCGGAGUUUGGUUUCAAGGACAAAUAAAGUUUGUUACUUUCAACGUCUCCGUUUGUGUUAGUUUGACAGAGUUGGUAUGAGCUAGUAUUAGCUUUAACUGUCAAGAGAGGAUCUAAAAAUGUGCAAAGGACGUGGUGAGCACAUGAUGCGUUUCCAUGGAGACAUUAUGUAUGAGAGGAGGGGACAUAUUGCAAAGACUGGUCCAACAUGCAAGUAAAAGCAUAUUUUAUCACAAUUUGCUCAGGGGUCUCAUAGUGUCAGCUACACUCUGCAUCACACCGUUUCAGCUGAUGUUGAGGUGACAUUCAAACAGUCAGUGUAUAGGAUUUAGUGGCAUCAAGUGGUGAACUUGACUCCAAGCCUGCAACAUGGAACAAAGGUGUCGCUCGGGUAACAGAGAAACACAUGUGGCCGUCUCUAGAGACAGAGUUUGGUUUGUUUAUUCUGAAUAAAUUAAAAAAUAAAAAAUAAAAAAUUG